AUGGACUCUGAAUAUGAAAAGAAAUCACAGGCAAUCGAAGAGGAUAUACCAAGCAAAAGAAGGAAAAGAAAGAGGAAAGCAGAACCAAAUGCAGGUGAACUGUCACUUAUGGAAUACCACGAUGAGAUAAAAGAUAUAUUAUUGCGGGCAAGGGAGCAAUUAGUUACUCUAGGAAGACAGAAACAGUUUAUCAAAGAUGUCUCUAGUAGCUGUCAACAUGACAACAAUAGGGUUGCUAGGGUAACUGCUAAACAACAUGGCCCAUCAGAUACAUUGGUUCAGAUUUCCACACUGAUCAACCAAGAAAUACCUUAUGGUUACAAAGGUUUCCUUGAGAAUGAUUUAGGAAGGGUGAGCAGCAUAUUCAACAGAGUGGUCCACCACAACUGUGAGUCGCCACACAUUUGGUCUCUCGGUGGAGACAAAUACGUUAUUCCGUCUAAAACUAAAUUCCUGAUGUCUGACAUCUCAAAUCUGGAUGCCUUAUUGAGAGAAGGAGUAAAAUACAAUGUAAUUGUCUUGGAUCCUCCCUGGUUCAACAAAGCAGUUCGGAGAAAACGUGGGUAUAAGAUGUUGUCAGAAUAUGACUUCUACCAGGUUCCAAUAAAGCAACUGAUCUCCCAUAGGGGUGUAGUUUUAGUAUGGGUCACUAACAAACUCAGUCAGAUUCAGUUUGUUACCGAGCAACUGUUCCCGCAGUGGGGAGUCACAUACCACACCAGUUGGUACUGGAUCAAAAUAACAGUGCAUGGUGAAUUCAUAUAUGACUUUGACUCCAUCCACAAGAAACCCUAUGAGACCCUGGUCAUUGGUACAAAGCAGCCAGCCCCUAGCUUGCCCAGGGACAGAGUCCUAGUGUCUGUGCCUUGUAGUAUACACUCUCGGAAACCACCAUUAAAUAAUGUCCUGGAGAGUGUAUUACCUGAUGGAGGGCCGUAUCUAGAGAUGUUUGCUAGGAACUUAAUCCCAGGAUGGACAUCUUGGGGAAAUGAGGUUCUCAAGUUUCAACAUACUGAUUUCUAUGUAAGCUGAUGGCCUCUUAUAAAGAACAAACAUCUGGAGUAAUAGAAUGAUCUCACAACAACCCCACCUUGCCAAUAAUGAUGUUGAAACAAGUAUCAGAAACUUAUACUGAAAGAUUGGUGAAAUUGAGUUGUGAAUGAGUACAGUAAAACCUGUAUAUUUGAACACUUUUCAAAUCUGAACACCUCUUAAUCCCAUGUUAAAAACUUUGAAAUGAAAACACCUGCUAAUCUCAACAACUUUGUCCAGGGCCCCGGUGGUGUUUCAGAUUAGACAGGUUUUCCUGUAUAUGGUAUGGGUAAGCUGUACAUGCACUGAACCAUGGAUUCUUGACUAUACACUUGAUCUUAACUAUACAAGGACUGGA